CUUCGUUGAAAUCUACCAACUUCUACUCUCUCUGUCUUUUGAAUAUUCAGACUCGAUCAGCCCAUCAACAUGACGACGUUGCUUGCACAGAAAAAUGGAACAAGAAAAGCCCGUCUUCAACAUCAUUGUAGUUAUUAUAAUAGGAAUAAAAUAGUUUCGUCAUGAUGGAGAGAAUGAUUUAGCAAGCAAGUUCCUACCCACUCCAUUGCCUGCAUUGACUUUUGGACUUAAAUUGCUAGGGUUUCAUGCCCCCACUCGGUGAUUUUUCUCAUUUUACUCAUCUCAAUUCUCAAGUUACUGGGAUGCUGGGUCCGAGAUUUUAUGGAUUUGGCCUGGCUGUUUCGUUUUGCUGUUUCAUUCUCACAGCAGCAGCACAAAUAACAGAUCCUUCGGAAGUGAAUGCACUGGUCCAAAUCAAGAAAAGUUUGAUUGAUCCCAAGAACUAUCUGAGGAACUGGAAUAAGGGCAACCCAUGUACAUCAAACUGGACUGGUGUUUGGUGUUUUGAUAGGGUUGGGACUGAUGGAUACCUCCAUGUCCGUGAGCUUUACUUAAUGACUUUGAAUCUCUCGGGAAGUCUAGCACCUCAGCUUGGUCAGCUAUCUCAGCUUCAUAUAAUGAAUUUCAUGUGGAAUGAUCUGACAGGCACCAUACCAAAGGAGAUAGGAAAUAUCAAAUCAUUGACACUCUUGCUCCUGAAUGGCAAUAAGUUAUCUGGUGCUUUGCCUGAUGAACUUGGCAAUCUCUCAAAUUUGAAUAGGUUCCAAGUUGACCAAAACCAAUUGUCAGGUCCAAUACCACGGUCAUUUGCCAACUUGGUCAAUGUUAGACACCUCCACUUGAACAACAACUCAUUUACUGGUCAAAUUCCACGUGAACUUUCAAACCUACCCAUUCUACAGCACUUGCUUGUAGACAAUAACAACUUUUCUGGCUAUCUUCCACCAGAAUUUUCCGAGUUACCGGCGUUGCGCAUACUGCAAGUUGAUAACAACAAUUUCAGUGUAGCAGAAAUUCCUUCUACAUUUGCAAACUUUUCCAAGCUAGUAAAACUAAGUCUUAGAAACUGCAGCUCAGGAGCGGUUCCUGAUCUGAGUUCAAUAAAGGAGCUUACCUAUUUGGAUCUUAGCUGGAAUCAUCUUACUGGAUCCAUACCAUCGAAGAAACUUUCAGAUAAUAUGACAACUAUUGACCUAUCAAAUAACAAGAUCAACGGAUCUAUUGCUGAAAGCUUCAAAUUACUUCCUUUACUUCAAAGAUUGUCACUAGCGAACAACUCUUUGUCUGGAUCCAUCCCUGAUAGUAUAUGGCUGAACAUGUCCUUCAGUGGGAGUGCUAAGCUCACAAUUGAUCUUCGCAAUAAUUCAUUUUCAGACAUUUUAGGCAAUUCAAGUCUUCCAGCAAAUGUCACCUUGAGGCUUGCUGGCAAUCCUAUCUGCAAGAAUUCUAACAUUCAAAAUAUUGGUCAGUAUUGUGCCUCUGAAGGGGUUGAAUCUGAGGAACCUAUGAAUUCAACAACUUCUUGUCUUGUUCAAGCUUGUCCAGUGGAUGAUUUCUAUGAAUAUGUCCCAGCUUCUCCUGUUCCCUGCUAUUGUGCAGCACCUCUGAGAAUUGGAUAUCGUCUGAAAAGCCCAAGUUUCUCUUAUUUUUCUCCUUAUAAAGCUUAUUUUGAGUUUUAUCUGACUCAGUCUUUACAUUUGGGCCAAUACCAAGUAUGGAUAGAUUCAAUUGCUUGGGAAGCAGGACCUCGUCUCAGGAUGUAUUUGAAAAUUUAUCCUAAUUAUAAUGACUCCCAUGCUAAUAAGUUCAAUACAAGUGAGGUACGGCGUAUUCAAGGCAUAUUUGGAUCAUGGAAUUUUCCUCGCACUGAUCUUUUUGGACCAUAUGAACUCCUGAACUUCACUCUCCUAGGACCUUAUGAAGAUUUAAUUGUUGAGACAAAUAAGAGGAAGAUCAGUACAACCGUGAUAGUAGUUGCCAUAAUUGCAGCUAUUGCUUGUGCAGCGACGAUCUCUGCAAUUGUCACUCUCGUGAUAGCUAAAAGACAUAUUAAAUACCGGUCCAAGCUAUCCAGGAAUCAUAUGUCCUCUAAUAUUUCCAUCAAAAUUGAUGGUGUGAAAGCAUUCACUUUCAAAGAACUGGCUCAUGCAACUGACAAUUUCAGCAGUUCAACUAUAGUUGGCCAAGGAGGUUAUGGGAAGGUUUAUAAAGGCAUUCUGUCUGAUAAAACAGUUGUGGCCAUAAAACGAGUAGAUGAAGGUUCUUUACAAGGACAAAGAGAAUUUCUGACUGAGAUUGAACUUUUAUCAAGGUUACAUCAUCGAAAUCUAGUUUCAUUGGUCGGAUUCUGUAAUGAAGAAGGAGAGCAGAUUCUGGUUUACGAAUUCAUGCCUAAUGGUACCUUGCGGGAGUGGAUUUCUGGUAAAAGAAAGGGAAACCUAAACUUUGGUAUGAGGUUGAGGAUUGCAAUGGGUGCAUCCAAAGGCAUACUGUAUCUCCAUACCGAGGCUAACCCUCCGAUAUUCCACCGAGAUAUUAAAGCUAGCAACAUACUUCUGGACCGAUUGCUAGUUGCUAAAGUGGCUGACUUUGGACUCUCACGUCUUGCUCCAAAUAUGGAUGAUGAAGGAAACACACCUAAAUACGUGUCAACAGUUGUGAGGGGAACACCGGGGUACGUAGAUCCAGAGUACUUUUUGACUCAUAAGUUAACAGACAAAAGUGAUGUUUAUAGCUUGGGGAUUGUGUUUCUAGAGCUUUUGACAAGCAUGCAACCAAUAUCACAUGGGAAAAACAUUGUUCGUGAGGUUAACGAGGCUCGUCAGUGCGGCGUGAUAUCUUCCAUUAUAGAUAGCAAAAUGGGUUCAUAUCCAUCAGGUUGUGUGGACAAGUUUCUAAAUCUUGCCCUCAGUUGUUGCCAUGAGAAUCCAGAGGAGAGACCGUGCAUGGCAGAUGUGGUGAGGGAGCUAGAGAUUAUCCUUUCGAAGUUGCCAGAUUCUGAAACUUCUUACCCAGACAUUGCAUCUGAUUUUUCUCUCAAAAUGGCUUCACCUUCGUCAUCAUCAACAUCCUACAUGGCAAGGGAGGGCCAACACAUGUCCUCUCCUAUGUUGUCAGGAAGCAACCUUGUCAGCGACGUUAUUCCCACCAUUGUUCCUCGUUAAUUAAUGCCACACGCACAGUCUUAGACGAAAGAUUGUAGGAGAUCAAGUUGGAAGUAGACAGAUUCUCUUUGUGCUAGUGUUCAAAAUUUGGUUCGUGGACUUAUUAUAAUGGUUGAGAGGAGAACACGAUCCCGUAGCUAUGGGUGCAUUGCAUAUAUCAAUAAUAAGAACAAUGGACCAAAUCUGAGACAGCAGAAGACAGUGAAGGUACAUAGUAUGUUGUGUUUUUCUGCAUAAACAAUAGGAAAAAGGUUGUUACUUGUUAGUUAAGGAAGCUGAGACUGGGAUGGGGUUUGAUUGUAUUAUAGAAGAUGUAGUGAGGAAAUUGGGUGAUGUUACCACAAAGUUUGUAGAUAGAAAUUCUAAUUGUGGCACUUAACCCAUCCAGAAUUUUGAUGUAUUUUUACAUGUGUCAAUUAGAAGGCGUGAAAUCCCAUGCUUUGAAUAUCGAAA